AAGCAGCUGAAGAUGGAAAACUGGACAGUAGAUCAAGUCUGCAACUGGUUGAGACAGAGGAAUUUAGGAGAACUUGUUCCCAAGUUCCGUGAAGAAGAAGUGAGUGGAGCAGCUCUCCUGGCUCUCAACGACCGCAUGGUGCAGCAGCUGGUGAAGAAGAUUGGGCACCAGGCAGUGCUGAUGGACCUGAUCAAUAAAUACCAGCAACACAAAAGUGGGCCAGGAGCCUGCACCUGCUGCUGUGAAACAGCUUCUCCAAAGCUUCCAGAAGUCCUCAGUGGGGCUGCUGGCAGACCACUGUUACAUUCUUCUGCUCUUGUGGAACAGAAAAAAUAUCUCUGCUUACCUGAAAGUGAAGAAGGACUAAUUGAUCACAGAGUGCUAAAGCAAAAAAAUAAUCUGAAGUCCUUUGUUGCAAGAUACAAAACAUUGCAGUGGACAAGUUGCUAUGCUUUGCCAGACUUCCCUCAUGAUAUCAAGUGCAUACUGGCAGAAAAAAAGAGCCCUGACCACAGCAUGAGAAUAAGGAUUAUUGAGUUCUUACAAGCAGACAUGACAAAAUACCUGGAAGGAUCACUGUACCCAAACAGUCAGCAGUACAACCUGGUGGUCAGUGCCCUGCUGCAGGCAUACCCAUUCCUGGAUGCAGAUGGCAAUGGCUUUCUGCUGUGGAAAAGGGCCCUGAAGGAUCGUUUCAAGUACGUGCGGAGACCUAUCAAGGACGACGAGCAGGUCCUGAGGAACAAAAGCAAGUUUGGCCACCGGCGAGGGCAGACCAGGAGACCUCCACCUGCUGAGCACAAACCUGAGCACACCCAGCUGCAGGAGGAUGCUGUGCACCCCCAGGGCAGUGCUCUGGCUGCACACAUCAAGUGGCUUAAGGAAGAGUAUCUGAAAGCUCAGAGGAACUGGAAGGAAGUGGACAACAGGAUGAAGAUGACGAUGGAAGUGCGCAGAAAGAUGAUCAGUGCCAAGGCUCCUGUCCAAGACAUUCUCAGGCUGUUCCCAUUCUUAAGAUGCCCUUGUCAGCUUUUUAGGGAGUUCCAGCUUCUCACCCACAUGGACAUCUACAAAAAAACGUCUGAGAUUUUGGAGGUUUAUUCUGAAAGCAUCUUAGCCUUGGACGUGGUGAGGAACAAUCCAAUCACCAUCCUGCUGCAGGAGAACCUGAAGCAGCACACAGAGGCAGACGUUCUGAAGAGUAUGAAAAUGACUGCUGCAUGCUUACUCCUGCCAGACGUCUUUGGAGAUGAUUCCAGCCUGUUUGCUGCAGUGAACGAGGAGGUGAGGGCAGUGACUCCAGUGCUGGAGGUGAGGAACCCCUUCAGCGUGAGUGGCUGUGAGUUUGUGCUGCAGGUGGACAGGGAGCAGCUGGCCCAGCUGGAUGACUGCAGCAUGGCCCUGGCUGCACUGCUGGCUGCCUUCCACGUGUUCCACAUCCCCUGCCCCAGCAGAAUCCACUGCACGCUCAGCUUCCUGCAUUCCCUGCUCUUCGAGGGGAGCAGCCCAGCAGCCCUGCCCACCCUGGCACAGAGAGGGCUGCAGGCACCUGGCUAUCCCACAACACCCCUCUGGGGAGCAGCUGAUGUGGUGUCAGAAUGA